CGAAUCAAGAAUCCCGUAGAACCCUUGAAAGACCCUCGCCGCAGGGGGUGCUGGGUAUAAAACAGCGUUUCUCCGGUAGUGAUAUCAGGGCGUCAUGGCGGCCGGGUCUCCGAUCGGCGGCAUUCCUUGCCUGCUAAUAGAGAUUGUGAAGGAGCCUGUGGGAGGGUCUGCAGGGCUGGGGUUCAGCAUAGGGGGAGGGAUCGACCAGGACCCCAGCAAAAAUCCAUGGGCACCAGAUGACACGGGCAUAUUUGUAACCAAUGUUAUGCCUGAUGGACCAGCAGCGAGGGCAGGGCUGAAUCCAGGGGACAAAAUAUUACAGGCCAAUGGCUAUGACCUGACAAUGGCCACACACAAGGAUGCCAUCAAAUACCUGACCAAGAAAAAAGAACAGGUCAUACGACUGAAGAUCUUCAGACCUGACAUCCUGCGAACUCGAGGGAAUCCCUCCAUGUAACGGUCACUCCGUACCGCGUGGCUGUUGGACCCUGUAGGUGCCUUCUUGUGUAGACCAGCUACGCCUUACAAGAGGGACAGUGUUCGAGAGCUACUGUCUGUUUUAUGCCUAGAUCACAUUUCCAAUCUGGGGCCCAACCGGGCAGCUUUCAGGAACAAAAAAUAUGAUAUCAAAGACACCAAAAUACACAAAACAUAAGAAAGGUUGGCAUGAUUUGUGCUCAUUUCUAGGUAUUUCUAAUUUUCGUUUCUGAAAACAGCCGGGCCCGGGUUUAGAAAUGUGACCAUACUAGCAUUAGCUGUUAUGUGUACGUAUAUGUGUGGUAGGAAAAAAUGUUCUGCUGCAACCAGCCAAAUUCCUAGCCACUUUUAGAAAGUGGUGUUGCCUUCUGCACCAAUUAAUGUAUAUGUUUGCUUGGAAACGAAAGUUUCUUGUCUUUGGGUUUAUCUCCAAAAUACACGAAUGUGCUUCUUUCUAUACAUGCACUUCCUAGUGGACUCUAAUGCUGUAUAAAUUGUUGCUGAUAUGAAUUAUGAGGACGAAACACGGUAGAUCUAUGAAAGGAUUGUAUAGGAACACACAAAAGAGUGGAAUUCUAGAUUUGUAGAGGAAUAAAAGUUCUUCGUUGGAUUGUUUUAGAUCCUAUGUUUAGUUGGAUUUUUGCAUGAUUUAGAGUCCACUAUGACAUCGUCUUUUGUAAGUUAUGUCAAUGUAGAGUCAGUAAAGUGCCGUGUAGUAUUUGCUGCAGUUAUUGAUAAGUAUGCUGCUUUGUUGUACACGUAUGGACUAUUAUUAUGACCAUUUCAUGCUCAUUUUAAGUGACAUCGAGUGUGACUCCCAAAGAUGCAUUCCAAAGACAUUAUGACAAAAAAUCUUGAUUGCUUUUUUGAUUGUCGUCUGUUGCAUGAACUGGAAUUUUACUCAAACCGUCUUAAGUUUAUUUUUUGAAGAGAGAAGUUUUACACAAAAAUCUGAAGUGUCAGAUUGUACAGCCAAACCACUGUGAUACUGUUACUGUCCAACCAACUUGAACAACACCCUCAUAUAACCACCCAAAACCUUGUCCUUUACAUGUACAUGGAUACAAGCAAGACCUAAGGAACAUUCCAUUUUUUUGUUUCCAAGUCAUACUUUUUCAAAUAAGAUUUGAUGAUAGACAUUGAGAAGUAUUCCUUUUCUGAUAUUUUUUUAUAAAGAAAAGAUUACAUUGAUAAUGAUACCAAUACCUUUGAUAAGAAAGUAGAACAAAGAGAAUUUCUCUAGACUGCCCCCCCUGACAUUUGAAAAUAGAAUACCACAAAACUGUUAACUGAAAUGAUGUCUAUGACAUCUUUAUAUUUGUCUUUUAAUUUUUUAAACUGAUACUUAUUGAUGUACUUGCAGAUAGCUUACAUGUAAUCUUGCAGCCUGGCUUUCAAUUUUAAUAUCAUUGCCUGAAUUUUCAUUUGUGUACAUUUAUUUCACACAUGUAUGCUGACAAUACAAUCCUGACAAGAGCAUUAUCCUAUUUGUACUACUAUUUGAAGAACCCAAAGUCACUUGUGCCAUGUAAGACAUACAUGUACCUGUCAAGAUUGUAGAAAUCUUCAAUUUGUAUUUCAUCAUAGGCUGAUUUUAAUGAGUUGUCACAAACUUUCCCCCAAUAAUACUUUUUAUUAGUAUUUGAAAAAAAAGAAGAGCUCAAAAUAGUCCCAGAAGUUACAUUGUAUGGAGCAAUCAGUUGAUGCCUGCCAUGUACACAAAUGCACCAAAACAUACAUAUACAAUGUGAAUACAUUUAUUUCUCCAGAAACUUCUUAAGUUACAGAAAGCUUCCAUGACCAGAAUGGUUGUUCACAAAAUGUCUUGCCAAGUUAGAUGUGGUGAUUUUGGUACUACUGAGGACAAGUCUUUUUCUAACCCAGAAUGAAGUCUGGAAGAACUGAUCAUGAUCUUCAUUCAGCUAAGAAAGUUGAAACAGUAGAACCAAUAAUGGCACACUGGAAGUUGUAGAAUGGUUUAGGCAUUUUUAUAUAACUGUGAUUAUGACUAUUACCGAUGUUGUAUUGUUGGAUUUAAGUAGUGAAUGAAUACAGUGCCAUUUUAUCACUUUGUGUAAUUUUAAUGUGCUGUUGUAUGAAGAGAGCCUGAAGUGACAAUCAACCAACUUGUUCCAUGUAUUUUUAGAAGGGGGAAGUAAGCAAGAAAAAUUACAAUUUCAGUACAACAUGAAAUGUUUGACUUCAGAUCAAUGGAUCCAAAUGGAUGAUGAUUAAUGAUCUUUUUUAAUCCUUUGUUGAUGUCUGUGCAGAGCACAAGACCCUGCUUGAUGUAACCUUUUAUUACCCCAUUGGAAAGAGUACUAAGUCCGUGAUUUAGACAGUGUUGAUGACUAAUAUUAAUGCAGUAUUGUGCCAGAGGCCAAUUUAGGAUGUCUCUUCUGACUAGAAAUGGACAAGUGAAAUAAAGAGAGAGGUUGAACA